AUGUCACGCACAUAUCUACAACAUCCUUUUUUCAAAAAUCCUGUUAAAUGGCUCAGAGGAGUUAAAAAAAGGCAUUCUCCUCAGUUAUGUCUCGAUGGAUUCUAUGAUACCACAAGCCUUAAUGUGAACCCGUUUGCAAAAUCCUUACUAGAAACGCGUCUUGAUGUAUCAAGAACCAGAUUUCCUUUGGAGAAUAUGGUUCAAAUAAUAGUAAGUGAGUCAGAGAAGCAUGGGGCUUAUGAACUUGUACCAGUGCUUCAGAAGCCAACUUGUGGGCAAAAUCCCGCAAGCUACGUCAUUAACAACAAAAGCUAUAUUAAGUUUCUCAGUCGAAAACGGUUCGCCCCUAUUCCUCUGAAGUACAAGCACAAGAGUUCUUCUGUGAUCGGAGCGAUAAAACCCCCCCAAGAUUUAGCCACCGAUAUAGAUUCACUCUACCGGAGCAAAAUUAAAAAAAUGAUCGAUGAAUUGCCUGAAAACAUCUCAGUCUCUUCAAAAGACCCCGAGAGAGAAAUUCUUAUACGGCCUGCUGCCUCAGAUUGCAUUAUUUGGGAUGACUCUCUACCAGUCAUUUAUUCAUCUCUAGCCGCAAAGGAAAUUGUGCUCGCGUAUGCUGAACAGCAUGAAGUAAUUUCCCUUUUGCUCAAGCUAGUGGCUUCACAGAGAAUUUAA